AAAAACUCUUUCCUCUCUCUCUCUCUCUCUCUCGCUUGCUGGAUCGAAAAAAAAAAAAAAAAAACAAAGGCGGCUUUCGUGGAUUCGUGUUUCGUCGGUCUCUUCUACGGAUUGAAUCGUGCUUUUAGAUCUUCUUUCGCGGAUCAGGGGGGGAAAAAGAUGAGUGACGUUGUCUAUGCAUGGGAGAGGGGUUUCUGAGGAGAGGAAGAAAGGUCAUCGUCGUCGGCUUAUGUUUAGACCUCCUUCGCGUCUAAUUUCGAGCUUGGAGGCUUCUGGUUCUUCUUCGUCUUCUUCGUCUUUAUCUCUCUCUUCACCUUCUUCGUUUUCUAAGGACGGGAGGAGGAUUAGUGUUGGUGACUGUGCUCUGUUUAAGCCACCACAAGAUUGUCCACCUUUCAUUGGUUUGAUCCGUUUGCUUCUUCCUCAGAAAGAAGGCAACUUUAAGCUGCGUGUGAAUUGGCUUUAUAGACCUGGUGAGUUGAAGCUUGGCAGAGGCGUCCAUUUGGAGGCUAAGCCUAACGAGAUCUUUUACUCGUUUCACGAGGAUGAGAUACCUGCUGCGUCUUUGCUUCAUCCGUGUAAAGUUACCUUUCUUCCCAAAGGCGUUGAACUCCCAUCUGGAAUCUCUUCGUUUGUUUGUUGGAGGGUUUAUGAUGUUAUGAAUGAGUCUAUUUGGUGGCUCACUGAUCAAGAUUAUAUCGAUGAACGUCAACAAGAAGUAGAUAAAUUAUUGUAUAAGACGCGUACCGAGAUGACAUUACAGCAAGGUGGUCGUUCUCCUAGGUCAUUGAAUAGUCCGACAACAUCCCAAGUGAAAACAGGAACAGACAGUAUGAGUAGCAGCUCCUUUUCUUCACAGGGUAAGGGAAGGAAGAGAGAGCGUGGUGAUCAGGGUUCCGAAUCUGUGAAAAGGGAACGUUCAAGUAGGAUUGAUGAUAGUGGUUCCGGUUUUGUAAGAACAGAAAGCAGUUUGAAAUCUGAGAUUGCAAAAAUUACUGAAAAAGGCAGGCUAGUGGAUUCUGAAGGGGUUGAGAGAUUGGUACAGCUCAUGCUGCCUGAGAGGAAUGAGAAGAAAACAGACUUGAUUGGGCGAUCAAUUCUUGCAAGUGUUGUAGCAGCAACAGAUAAGUUUGAUUGUCUUAGUCGUUUUGUUCAACUAAGGGGAUUACCUGUUUUUGAUGAGUGGCUACAGGAAAUUCAUAAAGGGAAAAUUGGGGAUGGGAGCAGCCCCAAAGAUAAUGGUAGAUCAGUGGAUGAUUUUCUUUUGAUCUUGUUGCGUGCCCUUGACAAGCUGCCUGUGAAUCUUAAUGCUCUUCAGACCUGCAACAUCGGAAAGUCUGUUAACCAUUUGCGAUCACAUAAGAACUCAGAGAUUGGGAAAAAGGCAAGAAGCUUGGUUGAUACAUGGAAGAAGCGUGUUGAGGCAGAAAUGGAUGCCAAGUCUGGAUCUAAUCAGGGUGCAUCUUGGCCUGGGAGAUCUCGUCAGUCUGAAGUUUCUCAUGGCAGUAGACAUUCAGGUGUAUCUGCUGAUGCAGCCAAGACAUCAGCAUCUCAUCUACAUCCUUCUAAGUCUGUGUCUGUCACUAUACCGUCAGAUAACAACGUGAAGUCUGCAACCACAUCUCCAUGUUCUACUAGAUCAGCACCAUCACCUGGAACAGGUGUAGCUGUUGUUAACGAUGGGCAGCACAGAGAUACUGGUGCAGUCCAUAGAGAAGUUGGGCUGAGCAGGAGCUUCUCAUCACAAAGAACUACAACUUUUGAGAAAGUAUCUCAAUCUACUCUGACACCUGAAAAGGCUCUCGACGUACCUGUGGCUGAAGGUUGCAGUAACAAGUUUAUUGUUAAGCUUCCAAAACGUGGUCGCAGUCCAGCACAGACUUUCAGUGGAGGUUCCUUUGAGGAUUAUGCAGCUGGUAGUAGCAGAGCUCCAUCACCGGUUCCUUCAGAAAAGCAUGAUCAGGCUGACCGAAAUGUUAAAGACAUCAGUGAUACAAAUCGAGCUACUGUAAGCCUUGAUGGGUCUAGUAAAAUAGAAGAUAUUGCCAAACCCACGUCUCCUACCUUAGGAGAUGUUGUCAAAGCUGAAAAAAAGCAUGGUGGAUCACACAGCUCAAUGAAUGCCUUGAUUGAAAGCUGUGUCAGGGACUCUGAGGCAAAUGAGGCUAGUGCAGAAGACGUUGGAAUGAAUCUUUUAGCUACUGUUGCUGCUGAUGAAAUGUCCAAAUCCCCUGUUGCAUCACCUUCGGUGUCCCGGGUUUCAGAUUCCUUGAUGAAUGAUAAAUCCAUUUCAGAGAAGCAUACAACGGGAAUCACAAAAUCUGUGGUUGCCUUGCCUAGCGAGCAAGCUGAAGCUCUUGCCAAGGAUCCCACCGUUGUUGAACAUGUCAGUAGUAGUGGCGAGCAGAAUGUGAAUGAUUCUAAGCCUUCUGAUUCAGAAAUCGAAGAGUUGCAAAGAUUGGUGGAUCAGUGCCUAGAAGAAAGCAAUGAAAAUUCAGAUGAUAUUGCUCCAACCGCUGGACACACAUCAGGUAUUGGGGGAAACAUUUCUGAUGAUGGUGACAGUGGGGUCGUUACUGACCUAAAGACUGAUGAGAUAUCAAAGACAGAUCGAAUGGCAGAAACAGCGACGAGGACAGGAGACUCUGCUUUACGUAAAUGCAAAACCAUUGGCAUAAGUCAAAAUGCAACAGAUUCUUUGACUGCUGAAGAUUCACACUUGGAGACUGUUGGUGGUGCUCAGGUGGAAGAUAAACCCAAGGUGAUGUUGAGUUCUGAGCUAGUUAAUAAAAUGGGUGAAGUAUCAGAGUUUGCCAAGGACAGGAGUACUGAAAAUGUUGAUAGAUCGAUGCCAGAGAAAAAUUCUGAUGAUAAUGAUUGUGGUGGAACAGCUAACGAUCGGAAGGCUGCUUGUACAUCAGUGUCAGAUCCGGUUUCAGAUACAACUGAAAGGGUGGAAACUUCUGCGCCAGCUGAAUGUAAAGCCAUCGUGUUAUGUCCCAAAGUAGAAUCCUUGGCUGUCGCAAAUACACACUCUGAUGUAGUAGUUGAUGACAAGAAAGAGCAGAAACCACUGGUAGCCUUGAGUUCUGAGUUGGUUAAAGAAAUGGGUGAAGAUGUAAAAGUUUCGUCUGGGUUCUCCAAGGGCGUGGCUGCAGAAAAGAUCGACAUGGGAAUUAAUCACGUGAACCAAACAGAUAAAAAGAUCAAGCCUGUGACAGCUCAUCUGGACUCAUCUAUAACUAAGAAGGAAGUUGAGCAUCUAGAGGCGUCUAUAAAGAGUGCUGAAGUCGGAAAACAGUGCCCCACAAUAGUAUGUGCUGAUGGUAAUGAAGCGCAGGAAUGUACCUCUGUUGCUAAAGACGUUCCUUCAGUUUCAGCGGGGUCAGAGAUGGAUACCAAAGUUGAAUUUGAUCUAAAUGAAGGUUUCAAAGGGGAUGAUACACGAGUUGGGAAUUCAAAUAACUUCUCUGGAUCUGUGUGUCUGACACCUACUCCUUUACCAUCCAGUCAACCUCCUGCAUCUAUUACAGUUGCUGCUGCUGCAAAAGGUGCAUUUGUUCCAUGUGAUGAUCUGUUGAGAAAUAAAGCAACUGUUGGCUGGAGAGGAUCUGCUGCCACUAGCGCCUUCCGGCCACCUGAGCCAAGAAAAGUCCAAGAGGCGGUGCCACCAAGCGUGAAUAAUGUGACUUCCUGUGAUGCUUCUAGAACCCCUGUAAACCAAACAAAGACAUUCUUUGACUUCGACCUAAAUGUACCGGAUGAUAGAGCUCUUGAAGAUCUACCUUCCCAACGAUUUGCCAAUCCCACAAAUUCCUCUAGUGGCUUGGAUCUUGAUCUAAACAGACUUGAUGAUCCAGCUGAUAUGAACAAUCAUACAAUAAGCAGUGGUCAUCGGGUGGACUCAUCUUUUCACCAAGCAAACUUAUCUUCUGGUGGUCUUAGAGACUUUGAUUUAAACGACGGACCGGCUGUUGAUGAUGUUGACGUUGAGUCCUCUAUGGGGUUUAGUCAAAAUUCCCGAAGUGCACAGCCAAUGAUGACUGGAAUAAGAAUGAGCGCUGAGAACAUGGCACCUGGCUUCUCAUCUUGGUUUCCUGCUGCCAACAGUUAUGCAGCGAUGAGUAUACCUCAAGUCUUGCCUGAACGAGACGAUCAGCCUUUUCCUGUCAUUACCAGCAAUGGACCUCAGAGAAUGGGUGGUCCAACAUCUAGAGUUUCCUCAUUUACACCUGAUAUGUACAGAGGCCCUGUUUUACUGUCUUCUCCAGCUGUUUCAUUCCCGCCCACAACAUUUCAGUAUCCCGGGUUUCCUUUCGGUUCCAGCUUUCCUCUUUCCUCAGCAAAUUUUUCAGGUGCUUCAACACCAUACAUGGACUCUUCAUCAAGUGGAAGGCUAUGUUUUCCUCCUGUCAACUCUCAAAUAUUGGGUCCAGGAGUUGCCAUCUCUUCUAAUUACCCUAGGCCUUAUGUGGUUAGCCUCCCAAACGGUAGUAGCAAUGGUGGAGUUUCGAACAGCAACAACGAUGCAAAAUGGUUUAGACCUGGUCUUGACUUAAACUCUGGACCAGGAGGGCAUGAAACUGAUGGCAGAGAUGAAGCAGCACUUGUACAAAGACAGCUAUCUUCCUCUGGUUCUUUACCCUUGAAAGAUGAAGCGAGAAUGUAUCAAAUGUCAGGUGGGACUCUCAAGAGGAAGGAUCCAGACAGUGGAUGGGAUGGAUACAAGCAAUCCUCUUGGCAAUAACAAACCUCUGAUCUCUUUGUAGGCCGUUGCACUAAGCAUGUACUCUUGAAGAUAAAAGCAGACGCUAACUUAGUCCAUUAUCUCUGUUAGAGAUGCAAGCGAGUGUUUAGUUUAUGUUUUUGUUUUUGAGUUCUGCUGUAAAAGAAAAAAAGAUGGUGAUGGGCCUCUUUGGUAUGAGACUGAGAGAUUAAAAUCUGCCAUGGUUUGUGUAUUAUAUAGUCAGUCAGAACUCUUUUGUAGAUUUUUCUUUUUUACUUGUGGUAGUUUAUGGUUGAACCACAUUUCAGAACUUUUAUCUGUUACAACAAAAUGGCUGAUGA